UCGGCCAUGUUUAAUUUGAGUCAUUCAUGAAAAGUUAUGUAAACAAAACACUAAAGCCAUGACCGUGGAGGCGUCACACAGAUGAAGCACUAGGUGACUGAAUUGCAUUGUGAUCUUUCUUGCGAUGGCACCGGCUUGUUUGAGCAGAUUGACCGUUUGUGCUUGAAUUUAUCAACAAGAGUGGGAAUAAAAGAAUAGCGCGCGAACAGCGUCGGCAGGAAAACAUGAGGAAAAAGCAGAAUGUGAAAAACAGGAAGGCAGAAGAGACAACAGUUGUCCAAGAGUUUGCGGUGGACAAAAUCAUCCGCAGAAGAGUCAAUGAGGGAAAAGUUGAAUACUGUCUGAAGUGGAAAGGUUUCACAGAUGCCGAGAACACCUGGGAGCCAGAGGACAACAUGGACUGUCCUGAGCUGAUAGAAGAGUUUCUCAGAAACCUAGCAGUGUCAGGAGAGACUGAGCAAGAGGGCUGUCCAUCUCUAGACCAUGAUGUCCAGCCCAAGCAAGAGUUAACUGAGCUUGAUGCUGAUACGGCUCACCAGCAGUCUCAGGAGGAACUCACUGAGAGAAGUAACCCAGAACCAGACUGCAUCAUCGGAUCCACAGACCGACAGGGAGAGCUCAUGUUCCUCAUCAAAUGGAAAAAUUCUGACGAGGUGACUUUAUUGUCAGCAGGGGUGGCCAGUCAAAGGUGGCCCCAGAUGGUAAUCAGCUUUUACGAGGACAAGCUGACUUGGCACGAAGAAGAGGAGCAGUGAGAGAGAGAAAUAUGUAGCAGUGGAUAAUACUGUAUCUCCUGGCAGCUUUUAAAACACACAAACACUGUGGCAAAUGUUUACUGUUUUUUUUAUCAUGUAUUCAAAGUUUGAAUCCACACUCCAAUGUGAAGCUCUUCCUAACACACUUAACCUGUAGAAAUGUAACUUAAAUAUUGGAGUUCUACUGUAGGUUACUAUUUGUACAAAUAUGUGUAAUGAAAAUGUCACUAAGCAUAAGUGGCUUAUUAGUUGUUGCAGUUCUUGGUCUGUUGUUUUGAAAGUAUGGUUUGUUGUGUGAUGUUCAUCAUGUCUUUGUUACCAGAAUGUGAUCUGUGACUUAACAUAGGAGAUAACAUCAUUGGUACAGAACUUGCUCAAGAGGAAAACAUUUUAUGUGUAUAUGUACUAUCCGUACUAUUAUUAUUAUUAUUAACCCCCUGGUUUCACACUUAUUAAAGUUACAGUAUACUGUGAUGGAUUGUGUAAUCUGUGAAGUCACAAUUUAGCUCAUGCAGGUAAAAAUAAGUAGAUUUGCACAAAACAUUUUAAAAUGUAGUCCACUCAGUCCCAUUUGGUGAACAUUGACUCAUUCGCUGUUUUUCAGUUUCUGUCAUAUUUAUAGCAAUAGUGUGAAUAGGCUAUUCUGGUUUUGAGGUUUUGUUUUGAAGACUGCUGUUCUGCAGUUUCACUGUUCUGAUUUCCUUUUUACUGUUAAGAUCAUUGUAAACAUGUAAUCGCGAGUGAGAAAUCUCUAGGUGCUUUGAAUAAACAUGAAAAUACCU